AUAACAGUAGCAGGAGUAUAUAAAGUCUUGCAACCAGAGCUUAGCAUACACUUUUGUUUACAGACGAAAACUGAGCAUUUAAGACUAUUUUAAUAAGUUCAGCAUCUUCUGAGUGACUUCAAGAUGAACAGCGCUCUGGUCCUUCUGGUGGCCGUUGGUCUUUCCUGCUUGGUGGCAGCCCAAGCAGCAUCCCCGUUCGGCGUCCUAGCUGGCCUUGGGGCCUUGACGAGCGCAGCAAAGCGGAGUUAUCGCGGGCCUGGUCAUGGACACAGCCAUGGCCAUGGGUAUAUAGCCCCUAAAAGAAAAUUUCGGCCCCGCUUCGGCCGCUCUGUUGCAGCGCUAGAUGAGGGAGAUUCCGACCUGAUUCUAUCCGCAGUUGGACAAAUGGAUCCCAACGCCUGCAUCCCCAAAAUACUUUGCGUGCUUCAGGCAAAAGAUGAAUCCAAUCGCACGAUGAAAGAGAACAUGCUCCUGGAAAUCUUAACCUCCUACAACGCUGCCUUCGUCCACGCCCAAGACGUCACCUCUGCCACUGGAGACUCCUUCGCGUGCAAGAGGAUCUUCUCUAAAUGCCCGUUCGAUGAUGGGGAAUUGAGUGAACUCCUGGAUCUUGCGUGGAGUUGCGACUGCAACUCGGGCGGGAAAGAGUGAAUUGUUCAUCAGCGGGUCGUAUUGCAGAUGAAAAUAUUUUUCAUUUGUGAAAUGCCUUGCUGAUACUUGUACAUUACCUCUGUAAUAUAUGUAUAUAAUAAUAUUAUAUAAUAUAUGUGUACUAGUUUACAAAUUUAUAUAUGUUGUUACAACUUAAUGCUUAUUUUCUAUUAUAAAAUACCUCCAAAUUA